AUGAUUCCUCCCCAUUUCCUCCCAGGUCUUACGAUUCCUCAACAUUUCCUCCCAGGUCUUACGAUUCCUCCCCAUUUCCUCCCAGGUCUUACGAUUCCUCAACAUUUCCUCCCAGGUCUUAUGAUUCCUCAACAUUUCCUCCCAGGUCUUACGAUUCCUCCCCAUUUCCUCCCAGGUCUUACGAUUCCUCCCCAUUUCCUCCCAGGUCUUACGAUUCCUCAACAUUUCCUCCCAGGUCUUACGAUUCCUCAACAUUUCCUCCCAGGUCUUACGAUUCCUCAACAUUUCCUCCCAGGUCAUACGAUUCCUCAACAUUUCCUCCCAGGUCUUACGAUUCCUCAACAUUUCCUCCCAGGUCAUACGAUUCCUCAACAUUUCCUCCCAGGUCUUACGAUUCCUCAACAUUUCCUCCCAGGUCAUACGAUUCCUCAACAUUUCCUCCCAGGUCUUACGAUUCCUCAACAUUUCCUCCCAGGUCUUACGAUUCCUCCCCAUUUCCUCCCAGGUCAUACGAUUCCUCAACAUUUCCUCCCAGGUCUUACGAUUCCUCAACAUUUCCUCCCAGGUCUUAUGAUUCCUCCCCAUUUCCUCCCAGGUCUUACGAUUCCUCCCCAUUUCCUCCCAGGUCUUACGAUUCCUCAACAUUUCCUCCCAGGUCUUACGAUUCCUCCCCAUUUCCUCCCAGGUCUUACGAUUCCUCAACAUUUCCUCCCAGGUCUUAUGAUUCCUCAACAUUUCCUCCCAGGUCUUACGAUUCCUCCCCAUUCCACUUUGUUCUUAUGA